AUGCGCCGCCGGAGCCGCCUCUCUCCACUCUUCGCCCUCCUCGGCCACGCGCCGCCCGGGCUGCUGCUGGCCACGCUUCCCCCUCGGCCCCGUCGGCCACGCGCCGCCAGAGCCGCCGCCGGCCAGUCCUACCUCGCCCGCCACCGCACCAGGCCCCACGCGCCGUCGCCGCCCCACCAGAAUCGAGCGACACUUCUCCCGCACGAGGCCACGACCUCGCGCGCGCUGCCGGCGCCAGCCGAUUUCACAACCGUCGGUCGUUGCGCCGCUUCUCCAAAUCACGACAGGCCCGUCCCUGCUAAUCAUGCUCACCGCCCCCAUGCCCCUUCUCGCCGCCGGACUUGGUCAACCCCACCGCAGCAGGGCCCCACCUCCGCCGCGCCCGCCCUCGCAUCACCGGACCACAGGGGCGGACCUGGAAAAAAAGCCCACGACCCCAACCCACGCACGAACCCCACCUGCCCCGAAUUGACCCAAUCCCCACGUGCACCCACCGCCGGCCACCCCACCGCCGGCGAGGACGGCCCCUGCGCCGCCGACUACAGGGCCCCGCGCUGCCGACUCGAGGUCCUUGCUGCGAGCCGGCCGCCGCCACGCCCCUCGGCCCUCGGCCUCGCUGCUCGCCGCCGCCAUCGCUCCCACCUCGCUGGGAGCCGCGCACCGCCACCACAGGCCCACGCACCGCCGCGCCCCUCUACCCCCUCCUCGCUGCGAGUCGCGCGCCGCCGCCUCGCACCACGCACCUCGCUGCGGGCCGCGCGCCGCCUCCCCGAGCCCGGGCGCCGCCGCGCCCUCUCGCCCUCGCCUCAUGCGAGCCGCCCGACGCCGCUGGGCACCGUUUUCCCGGUCGUCGUCGGCUUGGUCUCCCGCAGCGGAUCCUGCCGCCCGUCCCCCAGCAACCGCCGCCCCUCCCACUGCUCCCCACCACUGCCAUGGGAGUCCCUGCUGUGA